AAAAUGGAUUAUGGAAAUCAGUCCGCAGUGUCAGAUUUUGUGCUUCUGGGACUCUUCCAUGCCUGGAAUAUUCAGGUCUUACUCUUCUCAAUAUUUUCUAUACUUUACCUCAUCAUUGUAUCUGGAAAUAUUGUUAUUGUGAUCUUAAUCAUCACCGAUCCCCAUCUCCACUCUCCUAUGUACUUCUUUUUGGCCAACCUCUCCUUUGUUGACAUGUGGCUUUCUUCAAACACCACUCCCAAAAUGAUUACAGAUUUUCUGAGGAAGAAUAAAACAAUUUCCUUUGGAGGAUGCAUGUGCCAGAUCUUCUUUGCCCAAUGUAUUGCUGCACUUGAGAUGGUGCUUUUAGUAGUAAUGGCCUUUGAUCGCUACGUUGCCAUCUGCAAACCACUCCAUUACACUACUAUUAUGAGCCUACAGAAGUGCACUGGGCUGGUAGUGACUGCUUGGACCAUUGGCUUUGUGCACGCUCUGAGUCAAAUUGUGUUUAUUGUGCAGCUGCCCUUCUGUGGUCCUAGGGAAAUAGACAGCUUCUUCUGUGACAGACCAUUGGUGAUCAAGCUUGCCUGCAUGGAUCACCAUAAUUUGGAAAUUUUCCUGAAUGUUAACUGUGGGUUUGUGGCUAUAACUUCCUUUAUCUUUUUGUUGAUCUCUUACACAUAUAUUCUUCUCACUGUCUGCAAAAGUUCUAAAGCUGGAGCAUCCAAGGCCCUGUCUACAUGCACUGCCCACAUCACAGUGGUGGUGCUCUUCUUUGGGCCCUGCAUCUUCCUCUAUGUGUGGCCACUCAGCAUCACCUGGGUGGACAAGUUUCUUGCUGUGUUUUACUCUGUGUUUACACCUCUCCUAAAUCCAAUUAUUUAUACUCUGAGAAAUAAAGAGAUGAGAAAUGCUAUGAAGAGAUGCAGAAGCUACUCCAUGUACUCCUAG